AACUUCAACACGCUAGAAAGCAGAGAAAAGAAAAAUCGAAACUCGACAACGGCUUAUUGAGCCAUUGCAACGAACGGUUUCUGCCUCGGGUCUUGUGAAGUGUGUUUGUCAGUGAUAUUUAUUUCGAAUAAGUGCGAAUUUAAGUGUUUUUGCGUUUUGUGUGAUAAUGGCCACGGCGCUCCCGCCGUCUCCCGCGUGAAACAGUAGACUCUAGUGCAGUACCCGGGCCCGCCGCAGCACCCGACCACGAUGAAAAUGGUGUUAUCUCAACGGCAACGAGAGGAGCUGAACAAAGCGAUCGCCGACUACUUAGGCAGCAAUGGCUACACGGACGCGCUGGAAGCGUUCAAGAAGGAGGCCGACAUGAGCGGCGAGAUGGAUCGCAAGUUCGGCGGCCUGCUUGAGAAGAAGUGGACAUCCGUCAUCCGGCUGCAGAAGAAGGUGAUGGAACUGGAGUCGAAGCUGUCUGAGGCGCAGAAGGAAUUCAUCGAGGGCGCGCCGACUCGCGCCAAGCGCACCCCUGCCGAGUGGAUCCCGCGCCCACCCGAGAAAUUCUGCCUCACCGGUCACCGCGCCACCAUUACCAAGGUCAUAUUCCACCCCGUGUUCAGUUUGAUGGUCUCCUCGAGCGAGGACGCCACCAUCAAAGUGUGGGACUUCGAGAGCGGCGAGUACGAACGAACCCUGAAGGGGCACACCGACUCCGUUCAGGACAUCGCCUUCGACCACCAUGGCAAACUACUUGUGUCCUGCAGCGCGGACAUGUCGAUCAAACUGUGGGAGUUCAACCAGACGUUCGAAUGCGUGAAGACCAUGCACGGGCACGACCACAACGUGUCCUCCGUCGCGUUCUCGCCCAGCGGCGACAUUGUGUACUCGGCCAGCCGCGACAAGACCAUCAAGGCUUGGGAGGUCGCCACUGGAUACUGCAUCAAGACGUACAAGGGGCACCGCGAGUGGGUGCGCAUGGUGCGCGUGUCGCCGGACGGCUCGCUGCUCGCGUCCUGCUCCAACGACCAGACCGUGCGCAUCUGGAACGCGGACACCAACGAGUGCAAGAUGGAGCUCCGCGAGCACGAGCACGUGGUGGAGUGCAUCGCUUGGGCGCCGGCGGCCGCCGCGCCCGCCAUCAACGAGGCGGCCGGCGCCGACAACCGCCGCGCCUCGCACGCCGGCCCCUUCCUCGCCUCCGGCUCCCGCGACAAGUCCGUCAAGAUCUGGGACGUGUCGACGGGCCAGUGCCUGGCGACGCUGGUGGGGCACGACAACUGGGUGCGCGGCGCGGCGUGGCACCCGGGCGGCCGCUACCUGCUGACGGCCAGCGACGACAAGACGCUGCGCGUGUGGGACGUGCCGCACACGCGCUGCCUCAAGACGCUCUACGCGCACCAGCACUUCGCCACCAGUCUCGAUUUCCACAGGAGCUUGCCAUACGUGAUAUCGGGCAGCGUCGAUCAAACCGUCAAAGUUUGGGAGUGUCGCUAGGAGCGUUGCCAUUUUAGUAACUUUAACUCACCGAUGAUAUCUUUAUCAUUAUUUUUUCACAUUAAAUAGCCGCAAUGAGAGCAAUGUGUAUUGCGAUUUUAAUGGUUAAAUCAUUUUAGAACGGAGAAAUAGUUUUGAUAAUUUAUUGAUAAUGUUUCUUCCUUCUGCUCAUUGUGGACCGUUCUCGAACGUUGACGAUGCUAUGUCCCCUCUUAAACUCUUCAUCAGAUCCUCUUUACUGUAAACUGUGGAUUCUCACAUUCCAUUAAAUUAUAAUGGCUCAUAGUAGUUGUAAGUGAAUUCGGCAUCUCCCAAGUGAUAAGCAGAAAUCCAUGUACAAUUAAUUGCAAAAAUAGCUACAUUAAUAACUAUUGAUACCCAAUAUGAUGGGGGUAAAUGUUUGUAGUAAAAUAUCAAACCAUGUAGAACAAACUCAAUACAUGAACACUAUAUUCCUAUUAAAAUAAAUAAAAAAUAGUAUGUUUAGUAAUGUAUGUAUUUUUGCAAUAGAAUGUACUUAUAAUAUCGAUGUAGCAUUUGUCAUGCGGCCGACGGGAACGACGGAGUGAGGAGUAAAAGCUGUGUUAUAAUUUAACAUUUCAUUAUUCUACGUUUUAUUUUAUAGUUAUGGUUUAUUCAUAAGAUUUGUUUAGAUAUAAAUUUUAUUUGGUAUUAAUAGUUAAUUUCUUACGUGUCCACUGUAGAGAAAAAUAUUUGUACCUCGAUUUGUUUUAUGGUAAUUUAGUUUACAAAAUUUUUGAUAUUGUUGAUUAUUCAUGACAAUCGUCCUGGAUGGUUGGUUGCAUGCUCGCCCGGGGGCCCGUCGCCACCGCCUCGCUCCGCUCGUCCUCCCGAGGCGGCCGCGGCCACCCCGGGAGGAUCAUCGUAGUGGGCCGCCUUUGUACAUACGCUUCGUGUCAGUCUCUGCUCGAUUCACUCUCAUUAUGUUUGUUCGCUGCCAGUGCCAACAGCAUUAAUGGAAGUCUCCGGGGACUUAAAACUUAAUUCAUACAUUAGAUACGUGUUCGGUUGGUUGUUGUGGGCACUUUUUAUUUGCAGUUUCAUAGGGACUUAUUUUAAGUUUUGGCGAUUCAAAACUUUAACUAUAAGUUAGAGUGUUAUAUUUAAAAGUUUUAAUUAUUUAUUAUUAACGAUUAAAUCUUCAGUGUAUGCUGUCUUGAAAGGUUUUUUACUCAGAAUUGCUAGAUGACAACUUAAUUCAAAACUAUGUAAUCGCUUACAUCGACGCGUUACUGUUAGAUCAUCCAUAAUUCUUCAUUCGAGUCUACGACGUUUAAAGUGUGUGAUAUGCAUUAGUAAUUCGUGUUAUCGUUUCAAUCUGAUUGAGGUAGCUAGAUGCAAAUAUAAUAUUUAAUUAUUUCAAUUGAGUUUGAUACAAUAGUUAUUAUUUAUUGCUAUUUUGAGGAUUUCAAUGGGUUUGAAUACCCGAUAUUUUUACUAGGAAUUAGUAGUAGUUGUAGGUGAGUAUAGUCAUACUUUUAGACGCUUUACCGUGUUGACGCCUAUCAGAGCCCUUGUACAUUGCCUGGCUCAGAUAACAGUGUUUGAAAUUAUAUGAGAUGAACUAGUUCUAAUAAAAGAAUCGAUACAAAUAUCAACCUUAUUAUCAAUGGAAGAACAUUCAAAUUAAGACAGUUUUUGUAAAUCACGUUCAUCUCAAUAACUUCAAGUGGAACCGGUCAUGCGACACUAGACUAAAAAAGCGACUUAUAUCAUCCCUUUCGCGAUUAGUUCGACAACUUCAGCCAGUGCCUUGAGGGACCUUCAUUUGUUCUAAAGAACUGAAACGUACAGCGGCGGUAUCAUGGUCACAUUUCUAUCACUUGUCAUGUCAUGCGUCACUUUCGCACUAACAUACUUGUUAGAACGUGACAGGCUUACAGAGGGGCUAUCGCGAACGUAAGAAUUUACAAGUGCGACAGAAAGGCUGCACGUCGAACGUAGUUCGCGGUAGGCCUACUGAUGAUAGAAAACCGACCAUCUUAGCCCUACUGCUUUACUUCCAGAUUUUCGAAACAAAUGGUGUGUCGCCAGCAGUACAGUUUGUUCCAUAAAUGUGCUUGUAAACCCAGUGCCCACAUCAGUAACACUGUACUGGGUCACCGGCUAAAUACCUAUACUUAAACAUUGAGAUUAUAUUAAGCAUGCGAGGGUGUACAGCGCCUGUUGUUAAGCUAUAAUGGUACGUAUAUAUCAUAGCCAUUCGCUUACUCAAUGUGACAUCUUUAAUACAUGGUGAUAGUAUCUUAAUUGAUUUGAAGCUUGCAAACUACAUUUAUGUACAAUUUAUGAAGUAAAUUAUCUGCACUCACGUGAAUAUAAUUAUUAUAAAUGCUUACCGUAAGAAUAUGUAUACCAAUUAUCAUCAUACAAAAUUCUCUGAUACCUAGAGAGACUACUGAAGUAGGUACGCAGACUACAUUACCAUAUAUGAGAAUUUUGUAUUUACUCAGUAAUCCCGUAUUUUGUCUAAAUUUAUAAAUAGAAAAUAAUUACCGAACUUGUAAUAGAAUUUGGUUUAAAUAUUGUGUAAAUAAAACAAUUAAAUUAUC